GCCCUGCGGCGCCCAGCGCUGCGGGCCUGGAGUGCGGCCGGCGAGCACCGCUGGCUGGAGGGCUCGUGCACGCUGGCCGUCGAUGGCUACCUGUGUCAGUUCGGCUUUGAGGGCUCCUGCCCAGCGUUGCCAGAGGAGGCUGGCCAGGCCGGCCCCGCCGUCUACACCACACCCUUCCACCUGGUCUCCACCGAGUUUGAGUGGCUGCCCUUCGGCUCCGUGGCCGCUGUGCCGUGCCAGACGGGCAGACAGGCCUCAGUGCUGUGCGUGAAGCAGCCCCAGGGCGGUGUGAGCUGGUCGCGGGCUGGGUCCCUGUGCCCAGGGACCGACGGCGGCUGCAACCCGGGCGAUGGGGGCUGCGAACCAGAGUGCGUGGAGGAGGCGGACGGUCAUGUGUCCUGUCGCUGCAAUGACGGCUUCCGGCUGGCCGCCGACGGGCGCAGCUGCGAGGACCCCUGUGCCCAGGCCCCGUGUGAACAUCAGUGUGAGCCCGGCGGGCCACAGGGCUACAGCUGCCACUGUCGCCUGGGUUUCCGGCCCGUGGAGGAUGAGCCCCACCGCUGCGUAGACACAGACGAGUGCCAGAUCGCCGGCGUGUGCCAGCAGAUGUGUGUCAACUACGUCGGUGGCUUUGAGUGCUACUGCAGCGAGGGCCACGAGCUCGAGGCUGACGGCAUCAGCUGCAGCCCUGCUGGGGACGUGGGUGCUCGGGCUUCCCAGGACCUUGGGGAGGAGUUGCUGGAUGACAGAGAGGAUGAAGAGGACGAAGGUGAGGCCUGGGAGGACUUCGAUGAUGGCUGGACAGAGAUGCCUGGGAUGCCGUGGAUGGAGGCCACACAGCCGCCUGACUUUGGCCUGGCCUAUGGGCCUAGCUUCCCAGAGGACCGAGAGCCACAGAUGCUCUACCUGGACCCGACCUGGCCUCCCCCCCUCAGUGCUCCCAGGGCCCCCUAUCACUCCUCAGUGCUCCCCGUCACCCGGCCCGUGGUGGUCUCUGCCACACGUCCAACACUGACUUCUGCCCACCAGCCUUCUAUCAUUUCUGCCACACACCCACCCCUGGCCCCUGCCCCGGAGCCCCCCAGGAUCCCUGCCAUGCACCCAGCUUUGCGCCCUGACCACCAGUUCCCCAUGAUCUCAGCCAACUAUCCAGAUCUGCCCUCUGUCCACCAGCCUCCCAUCAUCUCUGCCACUAGCCCAGCACCCCCUGCCCCUCAGCCCCCAGUUAUCUCAGCCAAAUACCCUGAACUGUCCACUGCCCAUCAGUCCCCCAUGUUUCCAGACACCCAGGUGGCUGAUUCCCAGGCCACCACUCAUUGGUCUGGAAUCCCAGCUAACCACACCCCUCUGGCCACCACCUCCAGUGCUCAUCAGUCCCCUGUGGCCCCAGAUGUCCCGGUUCUCAAAGCCCAGGCCACCCACCUUCCCAGGACCUUGACUGUCCAGCCGUCUCGGACCACUACCUCCAGGUCCCCUGCCCAUCAAGUCCCUGUGCCUGCUGCCACCCAGCCCCCAGUCCUUCACACUCCCCUGCCCCCUCAGAGUCCCCCUAACCAGAAUGCUCCCUCCAGCCCUACACACACUUACUCCAAAACCCCACAGGUCCCAAGAGGAGGUGCCUCGGAUCCCAAGCUGACCCCAAUGCCCUCAGCAACCCCCACAGCAGGCCCCACAGCCCUGGGGGAGGCCAGUCCUGCAGGCCGAAGCCGGAGGGAUGACCGGUGGCUGCUGGUGGCACUCCUAGUGCCAACCUGCGUCUUCUUGGUGGUCCUACUCGCACUGGGCAUUGUGUACUGCACCCGCUGUGGCCCCCAUGUGCCCAACAAGCGCAUCACGGACUGCUAUCGCUGGGUCACCCACUCUGGGAACAAGGGCCCAACAGAACCCAUGCCCCACCGGGGCAGCCUCACAGGAGUGCAGACCUGCAGAACCAGUGUGUGAUGGGGCACAGCACCCCACUCUGUGGGGGAAGGGGCAUGCACUGGACAUGUGGCCCAGACUGCACCAGUGACCCAUGGGGGCGGCCCAGAUGGACAGAAGGGCUUCCUGCUCCCCGCGGCACAGCCAGAGCUCCUCUCAGCCCAUCCACUUAUACUUGACUCAUGACCACUACGCUCCUUGGGUCUGGCACUUACGACAGAGGAGAUGACCAAGGCCCCCAGGACCUCAGGGGGUGGGUGCUGGGGUCUCCUCCAAUAAACCGGGUGCCAACCUCA